ACGGAUGUAAACAAAAGUGGGCAGUGCUUGGUGAAUCGUCGCCUUGGUGGGUUCGUGAGUGCGUGUGCUCCUGUGUGAGUGUGUGUGUGUCACUUCACCUGGUGUGUCGCCCGGCCUCCGCCACCAGUGCGAGCCUCAGCCAGCCUCCAGUACACGUAACUCGCGCACACGACCCCACCACAGUGUCACGCACACGGACAGGGAGGAGGUGGCGGAGUGAAGGCAACGUAUUACCUGAAGUGAGAGAGUAAGAUCAGUGUUACGAGGAGCUUUGGUGCGGAGUGUCACGAGAAUCAUCAUCAUCAUCAUUGUUGUUUUCCUGCUGUCCUUCACCUUCAUGCGUUGAUAAAGAGAGGUGUGAGGCAAUGAACGCUCGUCUCCUUGUGGCACCUGUUUCAUAGCUGACUCAUCACCAACGCUCGUGUUAAAGGUCGUUGAGACACGUAGGGCGUGAGGUGAUGGUGAAGGUGCUGGAGCAGGGAGAGGAGGUGCCCCCUGCCCCCCCACCCACAGUCACCCUCACCCCCACGUCCCUCGUCGAUCCACACCCGCACCACCUCCAUCUCCUGCCAUACCAUCACCACCACCACCACCACCACUCAGCGCCUAUGGGUGUUCCCCCCUCGCCGGCCUCCUCGCUGUCCGCCUCAGGCCCAGUCUCUCCCGCCUCCUCAGUCAACUCAACGGGGGACACGUUCACCCAGGACGACCUCCGCCCCUACUGCCGCUCCCACAGCUACUACCCGUGGGGCGGCCGGCACCCCUCAGGGCCCCACGGCCCCCCGCCGCACUCCCGCCGCCACCACUCGCCGCACCACCACCACCACUACUACUACCACCACCACAACAACAACAACAACAGCCACAACUACAACUACCACCGAAACAACAACUCCCCGACGUCAGGCGGGGGCUCCAACUCCCAGCUGGGUUACCACCACCACCACAACCACGACAACAACACGAACAACAAUAACAACAGCAGCAACCACACGAACGGCGGCCCCUCCUCUCCCCACACGACCACCACCACAACCACCACACCACCACGACGGGGGGCCACCACUACCACCACGGGCGGGGCCACCACUACCACCAGCCGGAGUGUGGCUACCACAGCUACAAGGGCGGCUACCAUGACUCCUACGGCAGCUACUACAGUGGCUACUCGGGGGGCGGCGGCAGGGGACGGCACAAAGGCCCCAGAGAUGACUCGUGGGCUGUGUCCUUAG